GCUGAUGCCCGCAAAUAUGCAGAAUUACCGGCCGGGUCGCUCCUAAAGCCAGCGCAGGGGAGCGAGCGCGGCGGCGGCCAGCACCGGGCAGGCACCAAGGAAGAGGCCCAGCCCCCGCCCUCCGCCCCUUCCGUCCCCACCCCCUUCUCGGCGGCCCAGGAGGCUCCCCGCGCAGCGGGUGCGGCGGGCGCGCUCUCCUGCUCCUCCUCCUUCUCGGCGCUGCCUGCCUCUCCGCACUCGCUGCUCGCGCCGGGCGCGCUCCGCUGGCUCCCUGCUCUCCGCGCCACCCUCCUCUGGGCCGCGCUCCCUGAGGGAUGGUACUGAAUCUCGCCGCCACAGGAGCCCGGCUGGAGCGCCCGCCCCGCGGCCUCGCCUCCCCGCCGAGCUGCCAGCGCCUCGGGACGCGAUGAAGACCUGGGCUUGCCUGCUGCUCCUCUGCUGCGGAUACCUCGCCCAUGCCCUGGCCGAGGAAGCCGAGAUCCCCCGCGAGGUAAUUGAGAGGCUGGCACACAGUCAGAUCCACAGCAUCCGGGACCUCCAGCGACUCCUGGAGAUAGACUCCGUAGGGGCUGAGGAUGCUUUGGAAACUGGCCUGAAAGCCCAUGGGGGCCGCGCCACCAAGCAUGUACCUGAGAAGCGGCCUGUGCCCAUUCGGAGGAAAAGAAGCAUCGAGGAAGCCAUACCUGCAGUCUGCAAGACCAGGACGGUCAUCUACGAGAUACCUCGGAGCCAGGUGGACCCCACGUCUGCCAACUUCCUGAUCUGGCCCCCGUGUGUGGAGGUGAAGCGCUGCACCGGCUGCUGCAACACCAGUAGCGUCAAGUGCCAGCCCUCCCGUGUCCACCACCGCAGUGUCAAGGUGGCCAAGGUAGAAUACAUCAGGAAGAAGCCAAAGUUAAAAGAGGUCCAGGUGCGGCUGGAGGAGCACCUGGAGUGCGCGUGCACGAGUGCCAGCCCGAACCCCGAUCACCGAGAGGAGGAGGCCGAUGUGAGGUGAGGAUAAGCCAGCAGCCCUUUCCCGGGACAUGGAUGUACAUGGCGUGUUACAUUCCUGAACCUACUAUGUACGGUGCUUACUGCCAGCCUGUGCUUUGUUCUCCUCUGUGAAAAACUGUCCCCAUCACACUCUGGAGAACAAAGAGACAGUAUACAUUUGUUUAAUGUGACAUCAAAGCAAGUAUUGUAGCACUCGGUGAAACCAUGAGAAGCUUCCUUGUCAAAAAAAAAAAAAAGAGAGACAGAGAGAGAGAGCACAAACAAAGCCACAAAACAUGAAAAACAAAACUGACUCACAAAAAUGUCUGAACAGCUGCCGGAUGGAGGGUGCGCCCCCACGGAAUGGGGGUGACAGACGUCUCAGCGGACUGGAUUUCUGUCCAGGGUGGUCACAGGUGCUUUUGCCAAGGACACGGAGCCUGCUUUCUGGACGACUCCGUUGGAUGCUGACGGGCCCUGCAGGGGCACGCAGGAGCCAGAAAGGUCUGGGAAGCUGCCACGGCAACUGUAGACCCAACCUCCCUGCCGUAGUGUUUAAGUCUAUACAGAAACCUUCCUGAGAGCCUUAAGUGGAUUUUUUUUUACACCAUAAAGUGAUUAUUAAGCUUUCCUUUUUACUCUUUGCCUAGGUUUUUUUGUUUUGUUUUGUUUUUAAUUAUCUCUUGGAUGACAUUUACACGGAUGACCUGAGGCUGCUGUAACAGGACAGUGGGACGGUAUUCUUCCUAGCAGGAUGCAAACAAAUGAGAUGUAUUAAAAUAAACAUGGUAUACCCACCUAUGCAUCA